AUACCGAGACUAUUAUUAGAAGGCAUCUAGCUGAGCCCAGCCGCACGAAUAUACCUAUACACGCGAAAAUAGAUCUUUUCUAAAUAAAUAGAUCAAACAUUGACAAUUAUUCCGCAUUUAAAUUAGACUGAGGAAGUAAUUUUCUUAGCUUUUUGGGCAAUUUUCUGAAUUAUAUUCUGAAAUGGAUAUCCAGGCAUAUUUUUUGUUGGUAAUAUUAAUUUUAAUAGGCCACGUUUCGAGUGCGUCUUCAGUGAAUUCGACAAAGGAAUGCCCUAAUAUAAAAACUUCGUUGGUCUCUGUGAGGAAGAGACGCCAUCUCGCUUUUCCUCCAGGAUCUGCUGCCUCGAUAACCACAUCAGUGGUUAAAACGUUCAUGACCCACGUACCAUCAGGCUGGUUCGUGGUGGUUGAAGCUGAGCUAGUGUACAUGCUGCCAGACCACACGAUGAUCAGCGCCCACAAGAGAAGGAAGCUGCAUCAUCGACAGAAGAAGGAGAUAUGGGAGACUCUUAAAGACGCUUUGGAACAGCGCAAUAUGAAUGGGCGGGCCUGCAUCAUACGCACGAUAUGUGAGGCCAAGAUGCGGUUGGCACCAAAAGGAAAGUCUCUCGUUCAUGAUAUACUGAGAGCUAUGUUCACGGCACCCUUAGAAGAAAGGGAGUUUGUGGAAGAAAUGGGUUUGACAUACAAUGAGUUAUUGGAGCCCGACUUCUGUAUGAAAGCGAAUGACUGCCCGCUGUCUAUACUCAGCGUCAUUUUGGAUUUAAAUCGGAAAAGAUAGCGAUGGGUUAUUAAAGAGUGCAUUGUUAAAACUGUUA